AUGGACAAUGCUACUUGCCAUGUCGUCUACGUGAACCGUCAGGUUCGCCAGGACAGGCUCCUCCGCAAUAAUGCAAAUGACGCCCACUUGUCCAAUGGUGCCGCGACUGACGGCGAGAUUGAAGACAUUCGGAAGGAUGCUGCUCUGUUAUUGGAAACCUUUGGCGAAGUUUAUCUCUGUUCAUCAGGCUCGGCGUGUAUCUCGACGCUUUUCCAACUUUCGGAUGAGUCCAUGAUGGACCUCACGCCGACUCUUGUCCUUAUCGACGUCCCCUACGACGAGCGUUUACCCAAGUUCCGGUCGAAGUCUAGGUCGCCUUCGCCGCACUCACGCCCGACCACCGCCGACGUCGAUAUCCACACCCCGGAAGAGGAGGUCUAUGGCCUCAAGUUGAUGCAGAGAGUCAUGACCGAGGCCCACCUGCGUAGUAUAACCAAGCUCAUCGUUCCGAUCCCCAUCGUUAGCUUCUCUUCGCUCGAGGCUGCCCACGACUUUAGCCAGACCAACGGCGGAGCGAUUGAUGAGGCGAAGACGAAAUCCCCCCCAGCCGUAGAUCGCCGAUUGAUCAUUCGAUGUCUCGACCUCGGUGCCGUUGAUGUUAUCAUCAGUCCUUUACACGCUAAAUGCAUCACAAGUCUAGAGAUCCAUGCUUAUCGUGCGCACAAGGAUGCGGCGAGGGAGCAGCAGGAGAUGAUGGAAGUCAGGAGGGGUAGGAAGCGCUCAUGGGUUGGCGUCAACGAGGAGAAGCCGUUUGCGUAUCUUAGGGAAGCCAUGGUAUCCGGACUUAUGAGGGGUAUCUGCCGCUCUGGCGCAGACUCGGAUGAUGAUCGGAUCUCCAACGUCAGCAUCGCCGUAUCCACUGAUCGCCAAGCCGCUGUUGCUGCCGCGGUUGGCCAGUGGCACUUCUGUGCCCACAGCUGGUCAGACGACGAGCUGCUUGUGGCAGCCAUGGUUAUGUUCAAGCAUGCGUUGACCAUGCCAGAGUUGGAACGUUGGCGGAUACCGACAGAUCAACUCAUCAGCUUUCUGGUUGCCUGCAGAGCCGCAUACAACAACUUUGUUCCAUACCACAACUUUCGACAUGUCGUGGACGUUCUCCAGGCCACAUUCCACUUCUUGGUCCGCGUCGGCACUCUGGCCCCAUAUCCUCUCGACCCGCUGGGACAUGAGGAGGUUCCUGAGAAGUCACCGAUGGCGAGCCUGCUCCAUCCCUUCGAAGGCCUCACCCUCUUGAUCACAGCAAUAGGACAUGAUGUGGGACAUCCGGGUGUCAACAACGGCUUCCUCGUCACUCUCAACGCCCCGUUAGCCCAGCUGUACAACGACCGUUCUGUACUCGAAUCAUUUCAUUGCGCCGCGUAUUCUCAGAUUCUCCGAAGAUACUGGCCAGCCGCAUUCGAGGACACCAAGAUGAGGAACCUGAUGAUUAGCUCCAUCCUCGCUACGGACAUGGGUCUGCAUUUUGACUACAUGAAGAAGCUUGGAGACACCCAAGACAGGCUGAACGAGAGUAACACAACGGACGGGUGGAAUGGACGAAUGCUUGAGGAGCAAAAGGCACUCGCAUGCUCGUUGCUAAUCAAAUGUGCAGACAUCAGCAAUGUGGCCAGGAAACACGAAACGGCUCUGAAGUGGAUGCACAUACUCUCAGACGAGUUCUCGCGCCAGGCUUCGAUGGAGAGCGAGUUGGAAAUCGCCUCUUCUCUCCUUGCGCCUCCAAAGAAAGACCUAAUGUCGCUUUCCAAGGCUCAGUUAAGUUUCAUGAACAUGUUCGCCAUCCCGCUCUUCCAAGGAGUGGCAGACAUCCUACCUGGGAUGACGUAUACGGUCGAUGAGCUCGAAAUCAAUAAGGGCCUGUUUGAGCAGCGCAUCCGAGAUGAGCAGGCCAAGGAGGACCCCGUCCGAAAGCGACUUCUCCGUGACGGCGCGUUCUCUCCGCGAACUAUGAGUUUUGCGACUGCCCCGGAGAGCAACAGGAGCUCCAUGACCCCUCGGGUGUCUACGCCCUUGGCUGAACUUGCAACACCGCUUUCGCUGUUGGACGAAUCGAAGUUCGAAGACAAGGAGUUAUCUCCAGAGCCGGCCGAUCCGGUGAAUAGGCCUUCGCACGUGCCAGAUACCCCCGAUGAUUACAAAGAAGUCAACGGCAUCGUCACAUCGUUUGACUCGGUGGCAGAUUUUGCGGCUAGCGAUCCCUUUCGCUGCAGAGACAGAGCAAGCAGUUCCCCCGAUAACCACCACGGCCACAAUGGCAAACAGCGUUGCAGCGAGACCACAGACGGAAGCAUUACAGGGCCGUAUGCUGGAGACUGGGCUUCGCAGGCCACCAGCGCUACGACGGGCAAAAUGCCUCUCUCUCCGAGCACUCAGGGCACUAGCAUCGUUAGUAGGGAGUCUACGGAGCAGCUGCCCGGCGUGCCCACGAUCUCAGAGCCCAAGCAGUUUGGCGAAUCCAAACCGGAGCCCCCGAUGCUGGACCAAGAGGCCAACGUCUCUUACAUUUCUCAGGGAAGCUGCAAAGCAGAUGGGGCAAAGGUUGUGAAGAAGAAAUCUAGCAGAUUCCGGAUGAACGCGUUUGGGCAAUUUUUCCGACGGAACAGGGCGUCAAGCCCUUCGAUGUCGGCCGCUGACACAGCUGGUUGA